AAAUAUGUCAUCUUCGGAAGAUUCAAAAUGCGGCUUUUGGGUUAGUUUUCACUGCCAUGGAUACUUGCAAGAGAUGCUUCAUUCUUUCCUUGGUCUUUUUCAUGGUUUUCUUUGAAGAUUUGGGGACCAAUGUCCAUGGUUUUCAAGGGGAAGAGCAGAUUGAAACCACGGUGGAGGAUUUCCUCGAUCAUUCACCACAUUUUACCACAACACAAGGGAUGUAUGAUGUGGAAGAGGUGGCAGAUGAUGAUGAUGACUGGCAAAUGGUGCAGGCCAAAGGGAACCAGUUUGUUGUUAAUGGUCAACCUUUCUAUGUCAACGGAUUCAAUACCUACUGGCUGAUGGUAUUCGCAGCCGAUCAAUCUACAAGAGGAAAGGUCUCUGAAUUGUUUCAACAAGCAUCUUCAGUAGGACUAACCGUAUGCAGGACUUGGGCUUUCAACGAUGGCCAAUGGCGAGCUCUUCAAAAGUCUCCUUCUGUUUAUGAUGAGGAAGUAUUUAAGGCAUUGGAUUUUGUGGUGAGUGAGGCAAAGAAAUACAAGAUCAGGCUCAUACUGUCAUUGGUUAAUAACUGGAAUGCAUAUGGUGGUAAGGCACAAUAUGUUAAGUGGGGGAAUGCGUCUGGCCUCAACUUGACUUCGGAUGACGAGUUCUUCUCUCAUCCAGCUCUUAGAAGUUACUACAAGUCCCAUGUUAAGGCAGUGCUAAAUAGAGUCAAUACGUUCACAAACAUAACUUACAAGAAUGACCCUACAAUAUUUGCUUGGGAACUGAUGAACGAACCUCGAUGCACCUCAGAUCCCUCUGGGGAUACAUUGCAGUCAUGGAUAGCGGAAAUGGCAGCAUACGUGAAGAGCCUUGAUGCAAAGCACAUGGUUGAAAUCGGACUAGAAGGAUUUUACGGACCCUCAGCACCUGCAAGGACUCAGUUCAACCCGAAUUCAUAUGCAACUCAAGUUGGAACAGACUUUAUAAGAAACCAUCAGGCACUUGGCGUUGAUUUCGCAUCUGUUCACAUUUAUGCUGAUUCCUGGAUUUCGCCAUCUAUAUCUGAUGCUCAUCUCGAAUUCACAAAAUCAUGGAUGGAGGCUCACAUAGAAGAUGCUGAGAAAUACCUAGGAAUGCCUGUUAUCUUUUCCGAGUUUGGAGUGUCGAGAAAGGACCCUGGCUACAACUCAUCAUACCGAGACACUCUUAUCAACACAGUGUACAAGACACUCUUGAACUCAACAAAGAAAGGAGGGAGCGGAGCUGGGAGCCUCUUAUGGCAGCUAUUCCCUGAUGGGACAGACUACAUGGAUGACGGCUAUGCAAUUGUCCUCGCAAAGUCCCCUUCAACAUCAAACCUAAUAUCCCUUCAUUCUACAAGAGUCGCAAUCUUUAACUCCAGGUGUUCUUGGAAAUGCCGUUGGGGUUGCAGGAAGAAAAAUUCUUUGGAGAAAUUCCUUUACCGUGAUGAUCUGUAAAACUAUUUAUCGGCAAAGGGACCUCAGAAGCUGCUAUUAUACAUGCUAAAUGAGAAACGAAAUAGAAAACAAGAAAUAAGAUCUUUGUGGAGUUGUAAUAUAUUUGUUAAGUGUGGUGGCACAACAUGAUUAUCAGAUUAUAUCAGCUAAUCACACUACUUAGUUCCUUCACCUGCAAA